ACUAUAUUUUAGCUCGUUGGCUGUAUACUUCUGUAGCCUGUUCUGUUUCUGUAGUGUUUACUGUUUGUGUUCAGACUGUUCUAAUUAUUAUUGAUAGUAUCUGAGUUAAUCUUGCUAUCAACGAUUUUUCAAUGUCUGAUUCAAAUAAUUCAGUUGCUACCGUUGACUACUCAAAAAUGAAGGUAGCUGACUUGAAAAAGGAGUUGAAAGCAAAAGGACUAAGUACAGUUGGAAAUAAAAAUGAGCUUCUAGAAAGGUUACAGUCUGGCGUAACAUCUCAGUCAUCAGGUGACGUUGAUAACGCUAGUGACCACGAUCUGUUGGAUGAAGAUGAAGUCCUGGGAGAGGAUGGAUUGGACGAUGAGUUGAGUGUAGAAGGAAUGACAGAGAACAUAGAUCUCUCAACUGUUGAAGAAAAUCAAAUUACAAGCAAUUUGCCUGAAAAUAAAUCGUCGCCGCAAAAAAGAAAACUUGAUGCCAGCAAAGAAAGUCAAAACGUAUCACAGCCGAAAAAGAUAACACUGAACCGUAAUACAUCCAUUAGCGCACACUCUGAAAAAGAAAAUCAACAUCAAACUGAAAAACAGUCAGAAGAGAAAGACUCAACUGAACCUGAGAAAAAAAUUGUCAAAAUCUCAAGUUUUUCUGUAAAAGAGGUAAUGCAAUUUUAAUUUAUUCAUCUAUUC